AUGGUAUACAAUUCUUUGACCGAGGCUCCUCACAACCUUAAAGAGGGCAUUGACUGGUUGCUUGCCCUGGGGGGAACCGAUGCUGAAAAGAACUUGGCGGCUAUGGCUGACGCGCUUCACAAAUUUCUCUCAGACAAGCCUGUUGGCAAAAUGGAGCUGACAGCUCUCGAGAAGGUUAAACGUCUCUCGAAAGAUUUCCUGGGACAAAAGGAGCUUAGGCGCCAUCCAUUCGUUAAAGAGUUGCUGAGGAGGUUCGAUGAGCCCAUGAAUAAAACCGACGCUAUGGAAUUAAACCACUUGUACUCUGUGAACCGAAGUGAUUACGUGAAUGUCGUGGAGGCCGAAGGUAUCGAACCUGAGGACAUCGCAAGGAGCAUUGGUGAGGUUCUGCAUGCUACUAAAAAUUUGUUGGAUGAUAUAAAAAACCCUGACCAAUACAAGUCUGCUUACAGUUCGGACGCAACGUGGGAUGCAUCAUGUUCGGAGGAUCCGGAGGCUUGCGCAGUGGUCCUCGUCGGGAUUGCGCCGAUGUUAGAAGCGGGUCUACGUUCGUUGCGCUACGUGAGCAGAGCUGCAGGCGGGUAUUUGUCAAAUAAUAAUAAAAAGCAGCGUUUGGAAAAGCUAAUGAAGGCCCUGGGUUACGACGAGCCAGAAUGCCGCCCUGACGUGAGCGCCACAUCUAUCUUCAAGGCGUCGAAGAAUGUGAGUUUCCGAAUGCUGGGCACGCUAUACGACCUCGCUGGCUUCUGGGCUUUCUAUUGA